UGUGGACAGAUCUCGAGAAGUAAUGCUCCCAACUCAGGAGCUAGGAACAACCAUCAGGAAGCCAGACUGAAAGCUUGUGGACAGAUCUCGAGAAGCAAUGCUCCCAACUCAGGAGCUAGGAACAACCAUCAGGAAGCCAAACUAAAAGCUUGUGGACAGAUCUCGAGAAGCAAUGCUCCCAACUCAGGAGCUAGGAACAACCAUCAGGAAGCCAGACUAAAAGCUUGUGGACAGAUCUUUGGAAACAAUGCUCCCAACUCAGAAGCUAGGAACAACCAUCAGGAAGCCAGACUAGUAGCUUGUGGACAGAUCUCGAGAAGCAAUGCUCCCAACUCAGGAGCCUUUCCCUCGGCUUGGAACCAUGUUGAAAAGCACCAAAGAAGUAGAUGGUCAAGGUUACCAAGAUCUCAUUCACCUCAGUUGAAGUUCAGAUCACAUUUAAAGUCAAGAAAUCGUUUGCUCAAGCAUAAUCGAUCAAAUAAGCACAGCCGAACACGAUCCCGGUCCGGAACCCGGUCAAGGUCAUUAAGAUCUCAUUCGCCUCAAUACAAGUUCCGAUCACGUUCAACGUCAAGAAAUCGUUUGCUCAAGCAUAAUCGAUCAAAUAAGCACAGCCGAACACGAUCCCGGUCCGGAACCCGGUCAAGGUCAUUAAGAUCUCAUUCGCCUCAAUACAAGUUCCGAUCACGUUCAACGUCAAGAAAUCGUUUGCUCAAGCAUAAUCGAUCAAAUAAGCACAGCCGAACACGAUCCCGGUCCGGAACCCGGUCAAGGUCAUUAAGAUCUCAUUCGCCUCAAUACAAGUUCCGAUCACGUUCAACGUCAAGAAAUCGUUUGCUCAAGCAUAAUCGAUCAAAUAAGCACAGCCGAACACGAUCCCGGUCCGGAACCCGGUCAAGGUCAUUAAGAUCUCAUUCGCCUCAAUACAAGUUCCGAUCACGUUCAACGUCAAGAAAUCGUUUGCUCAAGCAUAAUCGAUCAAAUAAGCACAGCCGAACACGAUCCCGGUCCGGAACCCGGUCAAGGUCAUUAAGAUCUCAUUCGCCUCAAUACAAGUUCCGAUCACGUUCAACGUCAAGAAAUCGUUUGCUCAAGCAUUCCCGGUCUCGAUCCCGUUCCCGCUCUGUAGAAAGAAGGCUUGAGAAAUCACAUAAGUUGAAACGUUCUAGUCACACGUCUAGUCCUUCGCCCACCUACACCUACAAGUCACGUUCAAGGUACCGAUCUCGCUCUCGUAGUCCCAGAGUCCAUAACAAGUACAAGAGUGAUAAUAACAAUAACGAAAAAUGCUUGACGCAAUCAUCGCGUUUAAUGCGCAGAGACUCGUAUGAAACUAGUGGCGAUAUAGAACGCAGCUGGCAUUGCUUGGGAAAUCACACAAGCUAUGACGUCCCAGUCACACCUCUAGUCUUUUGCCCACCUACUCACUCAUAUGGUCUAUGGACAAAUCACGUUCAAGGUACCAAUCACGGUCACAUAGUCCCAGUGUCUAUGACAAGUAUUACAGAAACUCCUAUGGAACAAGCAGGGAAAGAAUAUUCAGCAGAUAGUAAUUGGGCGAUGCAUUAGUUUGUGGUAUGAUUAUAUUCAUUUCCUUGUUUUCAAAUGGAAAGAUCUUUUAUAAGAAUAUCAAGAAACUUUUACAAGGAUUAUAAAGAAAUUUAAACUAUAAUUUCUUCAAAAUAUUUAAGUCUGAUAUCACUUAUCAAGAAACGGACAACUACAUUGUUUUUUCCUGAUCGUUGUUACCUACAUGUUUCUCUUAUAACUUAGUUACCGCAUUUAAUAAGUGCCUUCUUUUUGCGCCAUCCUAUUUAUUUUAAUAGAUCAUAAAAUUUUUUAUAGAUAUAGAUAAGAUUUUUAUAGAAUAUAAAAAAAUGAACGCAAAAAUACACACAACUUCUCUCACUAAGCACAGAUGUAAAGAUGGCGUCCGUUUAGACGCACACAUUCCUCGAGCCAAGCUGAGCGAAGAGGGCUUCUUUCAAUGGCGACUCCUACACGUUCAAUGUUAUCAGGUGUG